UCUCGUUUAGCCUUUCAUUUCAUUCCAACAGGUGAUGUUUAUUCGAAAAAUAGAAUUUUCUCGUUCUAUUUCAGGGAAAGAAAAACAAAAAUUCUAACUUUUCCUCAAUGCUCGCCAAGUGAAAUGUUUUAGCGGAUAUCAUAAUGCUUUGCACACGUCAAAACAAAACGUUUGUUUCAGUGUUCUCUUAAUAAAAUCCUCUUAUCUGUCGACUGUCAUAAGUGUAAUUGACUCAAUUUACGAGGAGAGGCCGUCUCCCUUUUGUAGAACUUUUUUAUUACCAUUUCUUCAUGAUUUCGUCCUUGGCGAUGUAUUUUACCAGCAUUAAGCAGGAAGUCACCACUUUAGCAGAGAGAUGUGCGUACGACUUGUCGCCAACGGCCCACUGCUUUUCCGAAUCAAAUCCAGGAAAGAUUUCUCAUUCGCUGGGUGCGAAAACGAGAUGAUGAAAGCGAGCGGAGGCAGGUGAGACAAUAUUCGAAUAGCUAUUUAAUAAACCGACGAUGAGCGAAUCAUCCGGUGAGCGCAAAUGGAACUUUAAAUCAGAUGAAGCAAUCGCUUCGAAUGCUUCAGAUAAGAUAUCGAAUUCUAAAUCAAGCAGAACAAGUCCCAAGCCCCCAAGAAGAUGUCAAACGCCCGACUUCAAAGCAAAUCGAAAACUUUAUCUGCCUUCCCGCCCCCCUGUGCUCGAAGUCAAAUCUCGACUUACCUUUGGAACUCCGGAUUGUUUGUCUAAACUCGAUGAGCAAACGAUAUCGUCACCCGAAGAAGAACGAUUGGUUCGGACUCCAUCAUUCCUAUCUAACGAAAGUUCCUUUCGAUUUAAUGAUGCUGAUAGUCUGCCCAAGACGGUGCCUUUUGGCCGAAGUCGAAGGAUGUCCCGAUCUUUACCGGAAUUGCGUGAUCUCCAGUUUGUUUCUGUGUUGCCGGACGUUGAAGAGGAAGAGUCAGAAGACUCUGAUUUUCAGGGAGAAGAGGUGGUGUAUGAGAAACCAAAUAAAUCCAGGAUACCAUGGCACCGGAAACUGGAUUUUUUGUGGUGCAGUGCUUGUCAGGCUCUGGGAUUAAGCAAUAUAUGGAGAUUUCCUUAUUACUGUUACAGCAACGGUGGAGGUAAGAAUGAUUUUAAAUUUUCAGGCGUUGGCGUUGCAAGCAUGAUGCUGUCAUUCUGGCUGACAGCUUACUAUAGUGUUCUCACUGCUUGGACAAUGUUUUACGUCUUCAAUUCAUUCUAUUCUCCUCCUCGGUGGACACGAUGCACCAAUAUGUGGAACACAGAAGAAUGUCUGGAUCCUCCAUCCCCUGCUGAAGAUGUAACGAGUGCGACUCUUGAAAUGACCACCAUACAGCCUUUCUUGAACAUGUCUGGACUUGCAUCAGAUAGUAACGACACUCAGGCUGAUGUUGUGUAUGACAGGACAGUAAACUUCACACAUCCAGCUGUCGAGUUCUUUAACGCUAACCNGAUGCUGUCAUUCUGGCUGACAGCUUACUAUAGUGUUCUCACUGCUUGGACAAUGUUUUACGUCUUCAAUUCAUUCUAUUCUCCUCCUCGGUGGACACGAUGCACCAAUAUGUGGAACACAGAAGAAUGUCUGGAUCCCCCAUCCCCUGCUGAAGAUGUAACGAGUGCGACUCUUGAAAUGACCACCAUACAGCCUUUCUUGAACAUGUCUGGACUUGCAUCAGAUAGUAACGACACUCAGGCUGAUGUUGUGUAUGACAGGACAGUAAACUUCACACAUCCAGCUGUCGAGUUCUUUAACGAAAAAAUCUUAGAGAGGAGUGAAAGCAUCGGAGAAUCAGGAGAGCUUCGAUUCGAAAUUGUCGCUGCCGUUCUGUUCGUCUGGAUCAUGACUUACUUCGCUCUUCGAAAAACCGACUUCUUCAGAGGGAACGCCAUCUACAUCAUCACCGUCCUCUCUCAUCUCCUGCUCUUGAGCAUCUUUCUACGAACUCUCAGUUUGGAGGGAGCAAAACUAGGGCUCUAUCAUCUCUUUCAACCAGAAUGGAAUAAGAUGUUUUCUCCCAGGGUUUUGAUGUAUGCUUUGGCUCAGUCAUUCCACUCUCUUGGCGUCAUUUUAGGCCCCAGCAUCUUAAUGGGAUCAUGUCAUAAGCAGCACAACAAUCUUUUAAGGGAUACUGUAGUAGUAGCGGCUGUAACUCUUUCAACAGUACUGUUGGUCGGCUGUGUCACUUUCGCUACGAUUGGACAUCUAUCUACGAAAUUGAACAAACCUUUUUGGACAGUCUUAAGUGAUGAUCCGGGCAACGUGUAUGUGAUUUAUUCUAUUGUGAUAGGUACAAUGCCUCUCCCAUCCUGUUGGGGUGUUUUAUUCUUUCUCGCUUUUCUCUUCUUUGGAUUGGAUUCUGAGGCGGGAAUUUAUUUCUUCCAGAUAACAGAUCAUUACGUAGCGGUCGUUGCCACAAUAGUCGUAGCGAUCUUUGAAAUCAGUACUCUAAGUUGGAUUUAUGGAGCAAAGAACUUGGCUAACUGCAUACAACAGAUGACUGGAAAAACAGCUUCCUAUUUUUACCAGUUUGCUUGGAUUAUACUGACACCUGUUACUAUUUUGGCCACCGUGUUCUACAGUGCAAGCGAUAUUGGUGGAACUGUUGUGAAGAGAGGGUACACGUACCCCAACUGGGCUCACGUGAUGGGAUGGAUGCUCUUCUCUCUCACACUUUGCUGGAUACCCUUCUUAGCCAUUGCAGCCUACCGAAAAGCCCCCGCAUCUCACUUCAUAAGUAGGUUCAUGUCUACAAUUCAGCCAAACAUUCGUAGCCAGUCAGGAUUUUGGGAGCCAAAACCCGUCAUCAUACUCAACGGUUCAACGGUUACAUCUUCAGAGUUUCCAGACUACAAGUUGCCCGAGCUACCAUCUGUUCAGAACGCUGUGCAAAAUUACGUGGAAAAACAUUCCAUUCUUCAUAAUAAAGCAGAGACUAAUUUUUAAAGAAAAUUAUUUAAAAGUAUAUACACGGUAUUCCGUAAUGACCGCUUUUAAUAUGUAUUUUUCGAAUCUUUGUACAAAACAUUCGGAAUUAUGCUCAUUUAGAGAUUACAAUUAAGUGAGAAUAAAAAAUAUUUCCAUGAUCAAUCAAUAUUGAAUGGUCUCAGCAGAUGUCAAUACACUUGCCUGCCUUCUGAAAAUUCAUCAAUGAUUGCUAGUAACAACCAAUAGGAAUAAAUUUCCAUUGGAAUACGAAUAAGAGUCAUCUAAUAGAAAUGGUGUUAGCAACCAGUUGCCAUUCACAACUAUAAAAUAACUGUAUCGGAUUGAAUUUAUUAGUCAAGUGAACAAUGGGAUACCUGCAAGUGACGUAGCUUGGGUAUCUCGAUCCUGAUUGGUUGUUGAAACGAGGCAUUUGUUUACGUCAGCAACUGUUCUUUCCAUUCGAUUUCGAGUUAGCCAAAGCUUUCAAGUAUCAAUUCUCUUGAGUGAUACAUUAUGACUUCUUUCACAAAGAUUCUUUCUCAAAUAUAUAAAUUCUUUCACUAUAUAUUUACACAAAGACUUAACACAAAGACAGGCACGAAGCCAUAUGGAACAUAAAUAAGCUAAUUAUACAUCGAAGUUGCCAGGUACACAAAACAAAAAUAUAUCACAGUUACAAUAAAAUGCAUAAACAAAUAAUAAAUCUAAAUUAAGUAAAGGAUGUAAACGAGAAAGAAUUAUAUUUCAAGAAGUUCUAUGCGUGAUACGGCACCGUAUUUAAUUAAUUUCACGUUAUUUAGCAUUCUAACUUAUGUGGAGAAACUUAGUUCAACUUUAACACGCCAUUUUGUUUAGAAAAGAUCAGCUGGUGCUGACGUCGUAGGUCACAUGUGUGGGUAUCUGUAAUCGUCUUCGUCUUGAAGUGCGAGUCCCCAAUUAUUAGUCAAAUUUUUAAGGAGAAAUACAUAUUUAUGGAAAAUAUCAAUUUAUAUGUGCAACGAAAAUUUCUUUUUAUUCCCGCCUUUUUUUUAAGAUAUAUUUCUUUUAUUUGGUUCUCCAUCAAUGAAAUACAUUUACCUGAGAAAAAUUCGCCAAUCAGGCUCUUAUAGACAGGAAUAAUGAAAUUUUUCGUUAGCAGCCAGUGACCGGUAGACUUUAAUAACUUAGUUAGUCACUUUUUCCUCAAACCUAAUGAGUCGGGUGACCAAUAGCGAUAGGUUCUAUUCACUUAAUAGCCACUUUUGAUUUUGUUUGUNUUUUUUUUU